UUUGGACCUGUAAUUCGAAAUCAAAAUUUACCGGGGGCACCUGAAUGUAUCACUUCCACACGGGGUUUUUCAUCAUUUAUUUGUCGGGGAAUAGCUCCCCCAAGCGAACAAAAGGUGAGUUGCGGGAGCCAAAAUAAGCCUUUUUGUUUUUUAGUGUCCUGUUUUGAAGUGCGUAACACCUAUCCUUCCUUACUGACUGUGUAAACCUGACUACGUUAUGAAUAGAGGCGAAAUUGUGGUCGUUACAGGGUUUGGACCUUUCAGACAGUUCUUAGUGAACCCCAGCUGGAAAGCAGCCCAGAGGUUGAAGUUGGUCGGAUUGGGAGAGCGGACUGAUGUUUACGUCAAGGAGGUACCAGUGAGUUAUGUUAAGACUCAGCAAAUCAUCCCCGAGCUUUGGCAAACUCUUACUCCAAAGUUGGCUGUACAUCUGGGCGUAGCCAGAGCAUCAAAUGUCGUCAUUCUGGAGCAAACAGGGAAGAACAGUGGAUACAGCGACAAAGAUGUGCGUGGCUUCUGUCCUGAAAGUCACUGCUGUGUGGAAGGAGGACCAGAGAAACUGGACUCAGUCAUUAAUAUGAGGGCCAUCUCCAGAGAGUUCAAACAAGCAGGGAAGGAUGUCAUUUAUUCAAGAGAUGCUGGCAGGUACCUGUGUGAUUUUGCAUAUUACUGCUCGCUGUAUCAUGGUCAGAGGAGAGCAGCCCUCAUCCAUGUACCCUCAUCUGGCAGCCUGACCUCAGCUGACAGACUGGUGCCUCUGCUGCAGACCCUCAUUCAGACCAUGCUCGACCAGCUGGAGGACCUUUCAGAAAGAGGAUGAAGAGAGGAUGACUGCAGACUUCCUCAAGCCAGCAGUCACAGUGAGGUCGAUCUUCUGAUAAAGACAUUUCACAUCACACAGACACACAUAACAGACACCGUAAUCACUGGAUGAUGUGGAUGAGACCUCAGAGGGAAUUAAAUAGCAAACACAGUGAUAGUUCUCAUUUAUUUAUUUAUUUAUUCAAAAUUUCAGGAAAAAAAAGAAAAUACAAGAAAUUCUGAGAUAUACAUUUGGAGAUGGCAUGUCAAAAAUACACCAUCUCAGCUAUAGGUGUGAAAAAACUUUGAGGCCUCAGAUACAGAGUUUGAAUAAAGUGAAUUUUUUUUCAGAUUAUUUCUUUUCCCCAGUCAGGUAUUGAACACAGAGAUCUUGUGAAAGUAUUGUAAUAAAAUAAUAGUAGUAGACCAAGGCCCCCUCAGAAGGUAUAGGAAUGCAAAUCAUAAAAACAGAGGCAUGACAAUGAUAAACCUCAAACGUAUUAUUGCAGUUUGAAUGCACUGACGCAUCCUCCAUGAACCUGAGGUUUGCAUGAAGAACAUUCUGAAGAAUUAAAGUGAUAAGAUGACUAAGUUGAAUGUUUUGUUUUUUUUAGUUAUUGUAUAUUUACGCUGCAAUCUGGUAAUACAAAAAAGCAACUAGUAUGAAGCUGUAAACCUAUCGUCUUUUUCUAAUCAUGUUGUUUACUCUUUACCAUGACUACCCGUAAUCUACAUCCCUGUCCUAUAUAUGUCCACUUGUUUAUUUAAAUGCUGUAGUUAUGACAGGUUUGUGAUCUAAUGGUAACUAGUAAUUCACCUCAGAACAGGUCAAUGUAAUGUCUAGUCCCAGAACUGAAAAGUUGAAAUAUAUCAUUAAAUGUUUAUAUUUUAUCAUUACAUACAUCCAAACAGAAAAAAGAAAAAAGACAAGCACAGAUAUGGUAACAAGCUGUUUGCUUGUCAGUGGUAAUUUCUGUACCAAUGUGAUAUUCAGCAGCAAUCAGACUGUUUUUCAACCAAAAGAUUGUUCACUCUUCACUGUUUGUUAUUGUCUUAAAUCAUGCACAGAUAAAAUGCUUAAGAAUAACCUAGAUUGAGCACCCAGAUUUCACAUUAGAAGUUACCCAAUGGCCUAUUCAUAAUCCCAUUUUUUUUAAUAUUUUGCUUUUUGUGUAAUUUCAACACAAAUUUUAUUUCAAAUGAUUUUGUGCUUCCGGCCAAGAGCCCCUUGCACUGAGACAGCACUCUCCAAGUAGCCACUGUAAAAGCUCCUUUGCCACCUUCACACUCAACAUUUUUGAUGACAAUAUAAGAUCCACUGAGGUGACUGUUUGAACCAGCAGCAUUAGUGUAAGUAGCAGUACAUCAGGCAUGUUCACUUUACUUCCAAAGGAUCAAAAAGCCCAAAAACGGUCACUAAGAGAUUCACCCUGAUGGAAAUUAGCUAUCACUAGAGCUAGAACAUCAUGGCAUUCAGCAGGUAGACUUGGACAGGGGAGAUGAUGGCGUUCACAUAAAAAAAAGAGUUUACGGGGUAAACCCCCAUCCGAUGAAAUCUAAUCCAACAUUGACUGAUAAACAAUUAUAAUUGUCCAUUUAGGACUGAAGGUAGAAACAUGUAGGUGGUGGAUUCGCUGCUAUCUCUAUAGAGAUUUUGUGUAGAAAGUACAGGAAUGGCCUCAUUACAUUCACAGCACUGAUCCAUACACAUAACUGAAUGUAUUUUUUGAGUGUGAAUGACGUCUGGAUGUUUGCAAUAAACUUAAGUUGUGAGGUGUGGGGUUGUGCUGUAACCUUGCAGCAUUACAGGCCGCAGGCAAACAGCAAAUACGUUUUUUUUUCUUGGAGGUCAAUAAAAACAUUUUCCCUUUUUAAA